AUGACAACCAAAGAUACCUCCAACCCAUCCAAAAUCCCAUCCUCCAGUUCAUCUUCAACAUCUUCCUCCUCCAUCCUCUCAACCCUAACAACAUUCACCCUCCUCUACCUCACCACCCUCUUCUCCCUCGACUCCUGGGCCGCCGCGCGCGCCUCGCCCCACCGCGCCCCAGGCAACACCGCACACCAGCGCCCUUCGUCCUCGACGCCCGCGCCAGACAGUUAUCAGGGUGGGAUGCAUGGGCGGGGCGGUGCUGGACUGCGGGGUGCGGCUGAGGGGGAGCUGGGUAGAAGGGGAGGAAGGGAUGUUGGCGUUGUGGAUUCGAGGCCGCCGAUGGGUAUGGGGGGCAGUGCGGGGUGUGGUGCUUGUUUGAUUUAG